AUGCGAGGUCUGCCAUUCCCCACAAAUGCUCUCUUCGACCGUGAGACAACCAGCGAAGUAGGAACCCCCGCUAGCCACGUCGACGACAUUCCUAUCGAUCCUGCGCUCGCCGGCACGGCCCUCACCGACACAGCCUUCGAGCGGCACUCAAACGCGCCUCUGUGUGAUCCUGCACAGCUCCGGUCCGUCAUCCCUCACCACGAUCCCCGCCCCGUGUGUCGGAGGCACUACUCCCAAGAACCCUCUCAAUACGACCAGGGGCCCAGGGGUGAUCCAUUCGCACCCCAACCAUCAGCUACUUAUGUCCCGAUCCAGGAAGUAAUUGCCCAGGCUCCAAAACCACAGAAGAGAAGAAGGAAGCCCAGGAGAGAAGAAGAGUGUGGAUUUUGUCAGGGAAACGAUUCCAAGAACAAACUAGGAGAACCGGAGUUGAUGGUUUCCUGUGACGAGUGUGGGCGAAGCGGGUGGCACAUGGACUGUCUCGACACUCCACUGGACAAAGCACCUCCUGGACAAUGGCACUGUCCCGAAUGUCCUCCUAUCGAGUUUCUCCAACCUCCUGAUGCUUCCCUUACCCAAUCAGACACGGUUCCCACCGAACCACCUCAAUAUUUUCAUGCCUCCAAUCCAAACGACCCCAUCUGCGAUCUCGAACCCGAGCCUGAAGUCGAUUCCGAAUCUUCCAGUUCCGAUUCAGGCUCAGACGAGUCUACCGUGGGCGCUCCGACACCGCGCCGUCCAUCGGCUGUCAAGAAGAAGCGUCCGAAGCGCAAGUCAGAGCCAGCGCGUCCGCCAAAACGCAUGCGUCUCACCGUGCGCCCUUCUGCACCUCCGCUCGUCGUGCGGCUUCGCAUUCCCCCGAAGGGGAAGGGAAAGGAUCGCGAAGAAGAUCCAGAAAAGAAUAUAUUUGAAGAUCUGCUGGUGCCAGCUGAGAGGGACGUUUCGAAGACUGCCAUCGAGAGCACGGACAGGACUCGAUUUGAUAGGAGUAGACUGGCCGCAGACGAGAAGCUGGCACCACCUCCCCCUCCAACUUCGGCCACCGACGUGACGGAUUCGCCGGUUGCCGGCCCGUCCUCCCGGCCCCUCCGCUCACACACUUUACACCAAAUAUCCAUUCCAUCUACUAUACCAACGCCCUCGCCCGUCCCCUCCACUCCUAGUCUUCAUCCGAAUACGCCGGGUUACAAUUUCCAAAGUCCGAACACCCCCGCUGGUCACGAGCAAACACCUGUCUUACGUAUACGAAUCAUUCGCUUUGGGCGAUAUGACAUUCAUCCCUGGUACGAUGCACCGUUUCCCGAGGAGUACGCAAAUAUUCCAGAUGGGCGUCUCUGGAUAUGCGAGUUUUGCUUGAAGUAUAUGAGGAGUGGCUUCGCUUUUGGUCGUCAUAAGAUGAAGUGCAAAGCUCGACAUCCGCCAGGCGACGAGAUAUACCGCGAUGGCCAGGUUUCCAUCUUUGAGGUAGAUGGACGGAAGAACAAGAUAUACUGUCAAAAUCUCUGUCUUCUGUCAAAAAUGUUCCUCGACCACAAAUCCCUUUUCUACGAUGUUGAACCUUUCCUCUUCUAUGUUAUGACGGAAUUUGAUGAUAUCGGGGCUCGGUUUGUGGGAUAUUUUAGUAAGGAGAAAUGUUCGCCCAAGGACUACAACGUGAGCUGCAUCAUGACAUUGCCCGUGAGGCAGCGCCAAGGAUGGGGAGGCUUUCUCAUCGACUUCAGUUACCUGUUGUCGAAAAAGGAACGACGUACCGGUUCCCCAGAAAAGCCUUUAUCCGCGCUUGGAGCGCUUGGUUACAAGAACUACUGGACUCUCGCAAUAAUGCGGUACUUGAAGACGGCUCCUCCCCGGCCCAGUCUUGAAGAUAUAAGCCGGGCGACCUCCAUGACGCUCGAAGACAUCUAUAACACCCUCGUGCAGCAGGAUAUGAUCACUCAGGCUGCCACUCCUCCGCCAGUUCGUCCUUCGCCAGGGCAGUCGAUAAAGUUUCCUCGGGGUCGCAAGAACGGGAUUGCUCGACGGCACCUGCAGCGGACGAACACGCAGAAGGAGGAAGAGGGAAGUAAGCAAGGGUCGCCGUUGGUUCUUCCCACGCGUUACGAGAUAUCGUGGGACCCGGACGUGGUCGAUCGAUGGCUGGAGAGCUGGGAACAGAAGGGGUAUCUGAAGGUCAAACUCGAAAAGCUGAAGUGGACACCGUUCUUCCUAACGAGAACGAAGGCUACUGGGGAGAUCUUGCAAAGCGAGAUGGGGAUCGGCAUCGAGGCUCUGAGUGGCGGCGGCGCACCGAAAACGCCAGUUCUGCCAUCGGAGAAUGGUACCCCUGCAGCAGCAGUAGAUGAGAACCCUGUAGAAGUGGCCGAAGAGAACAGAGCCGCUAUUGCAUCCGCGGCACGCCUCUUCGACGACCUGUUGAUUGAUUCUGUUGCUACGCCGAAGAAGCAGCUGCGGAACAGGGUUAAGGAUGAUAAUAGUACCGCUCGUCUGCCCGACUUGCGCACGCGGUCGAGUAUAAAGAGACACGAGGACCACCAUCUACCGUCUUUGCGGCAUACGCGGUCGAGCCGUCGACUAAUAGUUGACGAAGAUGAUGAUGAUGGAGACGUACCAAAUAUCGUUAAUGGCAGCCUUGCGGACGACCUCGCCGCUGUUCCUGCCAAGCGACGCGGUGGUCGGUUAUCAAGGAAACCCUCCUCAUCACCACCUGAACCAUGCAACAGAUCACGGUCGCCGCCACCAUCAGCGACAUCAUGCAAACGCAGGAGGAUCGACACGCCUUCUCGUAAUGGUUCACUAUCACCAUCCGAACCUGCAUCGGACGAGCGGCGGGCUGACCCAUUCAUUCAUCCCAUGAAACCUGUUAUUAAUCUCACCAAUGGCCAAUCAAAUCAGUCAAAUGGAGUUUCCUGGCCCCCGAGUUCUCCUGGACAGCGGUCAGCUACUGAUGCUGAGAAGGGUCAAGAGGAGCCUGAGCGUGAUUGUUCUCACGCCGACGGCGCGAACGGGUUCUGCGACGACCAGGAUGUAAAGACCGAGGACGUCGGCACUCCUCUGACUGGAUUGACUUGCCAACAGAGCGCUUCGAGCGACUACACCGUCGUUGUCACCAACCAGGUGAAUGGUGGAGGAUUGGUUGAUAAAUCCCCCAAUGACAUACGGCAAUCUACAAUGCUUCCGGAGCCAUUUCAUUCUGUACUCAUUGAUGGACCCGUUAAUUUCGGCGAGGUCCAUGAUUCCGACCUGGACGCUGAGGGAGACACAGAUGACGAGAUGUUACCAGGUCUACAUUCUUACGAGAUUUCGAAUCAAAGGCUGCAGAUCGAGGAGCGAACUGGAACGAACGGGCGAGCUGUGUGUUUGUCGGUGUUUGUCCUCAGCUGCCGCGCUGCCACCUGUGAUCCCAGCAUGGCUUUCAGUCACCUUCCACGAGAUCCGACGCUUCAAGGCACCAUCGGUAAUAGUUUGAACCAGGCACUCGGAUCACACCUUACGCCAGGACUGAGCUCGGCACGACCCACAUUAAUCCACGAAAGUUCGUAUAGGCUGACAGACUCACCGCCGACACUCAUCGAUGCGAACGGGAACGCACGACCCAAUCCAGCUGUGACGACGAACUCCCCACACCAAGCCAUCCACGAUUUUGCAGUUGCGUUAGCCAAUAAUAAUAAUAAUGCUAGCAAUGACGGUAGUUCAACUUCCGCCGCCAUCAACGGAGUAAAGCGAAAACACGUUCAUGAUGGUCCAAACACCCUAUCAUCAUCAAAUACCCAAAUUGGGAAACGGCGGAGGGAUGUCAUCGAAGAUUUGGGGGGAGAUUUCGCCGAAAACGAUCCAAACCAUGGUUCGAAACAUUGGACUGAGGAAGAAAAGACUGAGCUGUUCAAGUGGCUCAUGGGGGAUGGAGAAGACGAACAUUGGAAUACCCUUCGCACUGCUAAAAAUUCAUGCUUUCGCAAGUGCGCUGCUGAGGUUUUCGGCGGAAAGAAGACGUAUCAAGCACUUAAAGGCUGCUACGAGCGUAAUUUUAAUUUGUUCAAGUCCAUCCAUGCUUUUGAAACGUUUCAUGGGAGGGCGGGUAACCCUCCGGUGAAUGGAGUAAACGAGAGUGACAGGCUGCGGGAGUACGAACGUCGUAUACAACUCGCCCGGAAAGGGGGUUGUGACAUCGGCAACAUCAAUGCUCGAACUAUCGAUCAUUGGCAUCGAACGGGCUGGUAUGACCUGUUCUGCAAGAGAUGGAAUGACGAUCCGGCCACCACGCGCCCGUCGGGGAGUCGGCAGAGCGGAUCAGGCAUUGGGUUACCCAUGGGUACCGAUGAUCUGGAUGACGAUGACCGCAUGUCGGAUAUGGUGGAUGCAACACCGAACCCACCAAGUAUACCGGUACAGCCUCUUGCACGUACUUUCACCCAUCCUCAAUCAAUUGGUCCACUCGCAUCAGCCAUCCCCGACAUUAUCGUCCCUGAAACACGGCCAUCCAGCACGUGUAGUCGAACACUUGCCUCGAAUGUAACAGCUAUGCAAUCACAGGCAGCGGAUCCGUCACCUGUUCCUGCUGUUACCGUGCCUCAAUCCAUGCUAGCUGCUUGUUUGCAACUUCUUCAGGCCCAGGCCCAACACAGCAAGCUAAAGCUGGAGUAUUUGCGACGGCGUGAAGAACGGGAAGAGAAAGAGAGUGCGGCCCGACGAGAGAUGGAACGGCUGCGGUCGGAGCGUGAACAAGCGGAAUGGGAACAUAACAAGGAAUCUGUCAAGAUGAAGCAGCGAGCACAGCUUGCCACUGAACUCUUGAAUAAUCCCGUAGUCGAUGGUUCAGUGCGUCAGGCAGCGGUGGAUUACCUCAAGAAACUGUUUUCGGAUUGA